AUGGUCCAGAUCCAUGGCAUCACUAGCGCUAGUGAGUCGCCCCAUGUCUCUUCCGAAAAGGAUGCAGCGUUGGCGGUGGUGAGCGACGUGGCCCAAGAAAUCGACCCAGUAGUAGAAAAGAGAGUUCUGCGAAAGAUUGAUUUGUAUUUGAUGCCUGCAAUGCUUAUAGGCUAUGGUAUGGUCUAUUAUGAUAAGGCUAUCCUAGGUAGUGCCUCACUCUUCGGCAUGACAACCGACUUGGGUUUGCAAGUGAAAGACUAUUCUACUUCUCCUCCAUCCGUUAAUACCUCACGACUCAGCUGGGCAACGUCAAUCUUCUACUUUGGGAUGCUUGCCGGCCUUUAUCCUAUGACAUUUGUCUUGCAGAGGUUUAAUACCCGCACUGUCCUCGGUCCAGUCGUCCUAAUCUGGGCUAUUGUCUGUGCCGCUACAGCCGGUGUCACGACCUGGCAAGGGCUUUUCGUACAGCGCUUCUUCCUUGGCUUCAUCGAAAGUGUCAUUCCUACGGGCUUCAUGACUAUAGUCAGCAGUUACUACACCCAAGAAGAGCAGACUCUACGACAGGCAUGGUGGUUUUCUGGCACUGGUUGGUUCACUAUCAUUGGUAGUGCUCUGAACUAUGGAUUUGGUCAGAUUACAUCUGGAGCCUUGAAACGAUGGCAGUAUAUCUACAUUUUGGCUGGCGCCUUGACCUUUUUGUUUGGCCUUUGGUGUUGCACUAUGCCUAAUUCCCCGGUCUCUGCCUGGUUCUUGACCCCAGAAGAGCGAAUUGUUGCGGUGGAGAGACUGCGCAAAGGACAGACGGGUGUCAGGUGUCAGAAGAUCAAAAUUGACCAAAUCAAAGAGUGUCUAACAGACAUCAAGAUCUAUCUGGUAGCUAUCAUGAUGGCGGCAGCGUACACUAUCAACGGUGCUAUCUCAGGCUUUGGACCUCUGAUUGUGUCCACCUUCGGCUACGGCACCCUUGAUUCGAUCCUAUUUCAGUUUCCAGUCGGUGGCAUUUGUGUCAUUUUCAUUCCCCUUUGUGGUUAUAUUCCGACUGUUGUUCCUAACACCCGGAUACCUUUGCUCAUUACUUGCUGUCUGCCCGUUAUUGCUGGCUGUGUAAUGAUAUGGAAAUCCGACUGGGGAUAUCAUCCCGCUACUCCAGUCGUUGGCUAUGCCCUGACUGGCUUCUUUGGACCAGUGGUCAGCUUGAUUAUCACUAUUGGAGCUAUUAAUGUUGCCGGCGCAACGAAGAAAUCUGUCAUGGCGGCAACUGUGUUUGUGGCUUACACUGUUGGUAACAUCAUCGGGCCGCAGCUCGUGAAAAGUAACACCAAAUCGGAGCAUUAUCCAGAACUGUGGACUGGCAUGAUUAUUUGCUACUGUAUCACAAUUGCUGCUGCUGUUGUGUUAUAUGUCGUGCUGCAACGAGAGAACCGAAUUCGUGAAUCAUUGGAAUUGGAUGAGGUGCAAAGAGACAAGAUUGCAUUUGAUGAUCUCACUGACAAGCAGAAUCCAUUUUUCCGAUACGUAUUAUAG